AUGAAUGAUGUUUUCAAAUGUCCAUUUACGGCUGCGAACCAGCUCGUAGAAGACGCUGACGACAACAACUUUGAACACUCUCGAUCGUCCGACAUUUGCAAAUUUCUACCAGGCUAUCCACUAGUAUCUUUACAAGCUGGCGAGGAGUUGGGUCCGUUCCUCGAGGAAGAGCUUUGCUGCGAUGACCUCGAAACCAUGGCUCCAUAUCUUUGGGUCUUGUCAACCCAGUCCAGUGCCAACAUCCGACCGCUUCAUCGCCAACGCAUAUUUGGACGAGAUAUCCUCAUCACGGAAAGUCCCCGGUUGCACCUCGUAUGGUACCACAACCGCAUUUUCAUUAAGCCGUUACCACGAUAUCUCAUGUCCUACAAAUUCUGGACAAAAUUUCUCUCCGAACCUGCGGAGACAGCAGGCAGAGCUUACAUGUCUUCGGGUGCAUCAUACGACAUGCUGUUAGGUGGUGUGCCCGGCCGAGCUGAAAAGCUCCGACGAGCAGCUCUUGGCUUUAUCCGCACGUACCGGCACCUCAUACGGCACGAGUCCGAUUUUAACAUCGCCAGAAGCUUGGGACUAAUUCCGUGCGACACUACAUGGGCACGCUUCUGCGCUUUUGUCUCAGGUUUUGAUGAUGAAAUCCUAGACGUUCAUGUUUCUGGCCGGUAUCAUUAUGGGGAGCUGCGCCUUACUCGGCUCAACUUUUAUAGUCCUUUGUUUCUACGUCGCACCAGGUUCCAAUAUCUUCCGGAGCAGUACUCUACCAUCUUUGGUCGCUAUUUUGGCCCCUUGUUGUUCGUAUUCGGUAUUUUUUCGGUAGUGUUAAGCACUAUGCAGGUUGAUUUGGCCGUGCAGGAGUUGAAUGGCGGGGCAUUUAUCGGUAACAUUUAUCAGGGGGUUUGCAUCCUCAUCUUCCUAGUGGGCUUUUGUUCUCAGAGCAAGAUACAAUCGACUUCGCGCGGAGCGAGGAACAAGGGCACAGAUCUCAAGGACAUGACAGCACAAUAG